AUGGGCAAUUCCUGCUGCGCUUGCGGGGACACGUCCAGCUUCGGUGCAGAUGGUGCAGGAUCCUUUGGCAUGUCCGAAGGAUGGUUUGGGAAGACUUUGAGCCUCACUUUCCGGACAGAGGAGAACAAGGAGGUGACCGUGGUCUUCCCAAAAGCACCUCUGGGCUUCCGCCUGGCGUAUAAGCAGUCCCCUCUCAAGGUUGCGAACAUCAACGAGAAAGGUGCGGUGAAGGAGUUCGGCCUGAAUGUCCAGCCUGGUUGGGCUUUGGCAGCUGUGAAUGGCACUUCUGUGAUGAGCUGUCACCACAAGGUGGGUGCUCAGAUCGUCAAGGAUGCAAUCAAGGAGACUUUCGGCGAGCAGAAGCACGGGUCAGACGAUGCCUAG